AGGCGAAGGGAGCUCAGAAGGUGGUGGCGUCUUACUAGAGGUCGCAGAACGGAGGCGGGCAAGCAGCAUGGCAGCAGCGUUAAUGCUCCGAGCCUCCGUUAGUUUGCUGCACAGGCAUGGGAAAGUCUGUGCAGACUGGCUCGCUCGGGAAAAAAUAGCAGUGAAAACUGCCAAAUUCUCUGGCAUCCAUAUAAAAAAGGUGUCUUCCAGGGCAAUGGCUUCCAAAACUCCAGUUGGAUUUAUUGGUUUGGGAAACAUGGGAAAUCCAAUGGCAAAAAACCUCGUGAAACAUGGUUACCCCAUUAUCGCUUGCGAUGUAUUUCCAGAAGCAUGUAAGGAAUUUCAAGAGCUGGGUACCCAGGUGGGUGAUUCUCCAGCAGAUGUAGCAGAUAAAGCAGAUAGGAUUAUUACAAUGCUUCCAUCUAAUCUUAAUGCAAUAGAAGUUUACAUAGGUACCAAUGGAAUUCUCAAGAAAGUGAAGAAAGGUUCUCUAUUAAUAGAUUCCAGUACUAUUGAUCCCGAAGUUUCAAAAGAAUUAGCUAAAGAAGCUGAAAAAAUGGGAGCUGUUUUUAUGGAUGCCCCUGUUUCUGGUGGUGUUGGAGCUGCUCGUGCAGGAAAUCUUACCUUCAUGGUCGGGGGAGUAGAGCAGGAAUUUGAUGCUGCAAAAGAGCUUCUCACAUGUAUGGGUUCCAAUGUGGUCUAUUGUGGAGAAGUUGGAACUGGACAGGCUGCAAAAAUAUGCAAUAAUAUGCUGUUAGCCAUCAGUAUGAUUGGAACUGCUGAGACCAUGAAUCUUGGAAUCAGGUUAGGGCUUGACCCAAAUCUCCUGGCCAAAAUCUUAAAUAUGAGUUCAGGCCGUUGUUGGUCAAGUGAUACAUACAACCCUGUGCCAGGAGUAAUGGAAGGGGUACCUUCUGCUAAUAAUUAUCAAGGUGGCUUUGGAACAACCCUUAUGGCUAAGGAUCUUGGCUUGGCCCAGAUUUCUGCCACCAACACCAAGUCUCCAGUCCCACUUGGAUCCCUAGCCCAUCAGAUUUACAGGAUCAUGUGUGCCAAGGGCUAUGCCCAAAAAGACUUCUCAUCUGUAUUCCAGUUUUUACGGGAAGAAAACUUGUGAAUUCUCUAUUGACUUUUAACUAGAGACAUUGUUUAAAAAAACAUGUAUUUAGAACCUCUUUCAGAUUAAUCAAUAAAUACAUGAGAUUUAUCAAAGAUCAUGAAUCAUGAUCUCACCCACUUCUGUAUUCUAAAGUCACAGCUAACUCCAAGAUUUCCUAUCUAUAAUUUCAAAUACUGUGGAUUUUUUUUAAAUAAUUUAUAUAUAACUUACUUAAAAGUGCAGUAGUAGAGUUUAAAGAAAACCCGGUAUAUUUGUAUUUACAUACAUACUUCCAAACAACGGUUUUCCAAACUUGUUAUCUCCAGAUGGGAUGGAUUUUAAGUUGGAUUGCAAAAUGGACAUGGGCUACUAGGUUGAGAAAAGAUUUUCUGAACUGUACAAGUAUAAUGGUUUAAAGAGAUCCUGAACUUCCUAAAUAAUAUUCUAAUUUACUUUAAAAAAAAAAUUAUUAUAAUGAAGAGUUAAUGAUAAAAAAUUGUAUUAACUAUUGCAAUUUAUUUGAAAUCUGGUGCUUAUGGUUUUGGAAAGUUAUAGUAAAAAUAACAGUGUGAUACAUGUUUAACAUUUUUUCUUCAAUAGCCUAAUUUUAUAUAUUUUUAAUUUUUUCAUCUUUUCAACAGAUUCAUGCCUACUUCCUUUACUGACAUGCAGAUAUCUUGGUAUUGUUAUAAAUCUAAAAAAAUAAAUCCUUUGAAAUCUAAGGUAAUGAUCACAAGAAGAAAUUUAUGGGCUUAUUGUGGGGGGAGUAUUCUUUUGCUUUUAUUAUGAUCAGAUUCUACACAUAGUCAUACCAAUAAAAUGCAUUUUGAAAAAUACAUAAGCAAAUUAAAGACCUGUCUUGCAUAAACGAGGACAUAGUGUAAAGGUCUGUAGAUUGGUGUGUUCAUUAAAUUUCCAUUCUUGUUUGUUAAGAAUGCAGUCUACAACUAUUAAAAUGGAUAACCACAAUACAGAAUAUAUAUUAAUCUCCUGGUAUCAUAAACAGAUUUUUUUAAACAAAAACUAUUUUUUGUUACUAUCACCAUAUUCUGUUCAGUCCUAGAACUGAAGCAAUAAAAAAAUUUAAUAACCCUUUUUAUAAUUAGCUAUAAUCAUAUAACUGAUUUCAGAUCACUCUUGUGAGGGUUUAAGUAUGGUCAAAUGAACAAUAUGGCAGCAGAAAAAACGCUGGGUGAUUCAAAAUAUAGAGUCAAAAAGACCGAAGAAAGCUGGUUCUAUAGAUCUGAUGGUAGAGCGGAUGUGAUAAAGACAGCACAUAAACACAUGGAGCAUUCUGGAAAGUAAGCAGACUGUUCUAAGAAUAUUAGAAAUGUGAAAUGGGUGAAGCUUUCUCUUUCAUUUUGAUAGACAAGGCUAUUGGGAAAAUACAGCCUGUUAAUUAAAGGUACCUAGGAUAGGGUAGAAGACUUCUUUUUCAUGGAGUGGCUUCCUUGCUGGAUUGGGAGUACUGGAUUUUGUUUCCCAAGCUGUACGUGGGAUUGUUUCCGUUUUGUUUUACAAUUAGGUAAUCUACACAAUCAGCUACGAAUGUGAAUUAAAUUUUAAGUGCUUGAUUUUCUACAGUACUGCAAUUUAAAAAGAAAAACAAAUUCCAUAGUCUGACUUCUUCCAGUCAACUUUUUCCAACUAUUCCAGAGUUUGAAAAAAAUUCCAAAGCCGUUUUGGUGGAAUAGAGCCAGAAAAAUUCUGAUUUGGUAUUACUGUUUCAUUAAAAGUAAUGGCUAUGAAGCCUUGUUGAGAUAAUUGCAGUUAGUUACAUAGGAUAGAUUUUGAUGCUAAACAGUUUAACAUGAAAAAAUACAGUCUUAUAAUGUGUCUUAAUAAGUAAAUUGAGAUGUUUACUCACAUAAAUUUCUUUGAGUUCUGUUCCAUGUUUCCAUCCGAGGUCAAUACAUAAAAUUGCAUGAUUUAGUAACUGAAACAUCAUCGUUUUGUGGCAAUAGGUUCUAUUGAAAGAAAAAGAAGGUGGACAAAAACUGAAAAUACCCAAAUAUUAGUGCUGAUAUGACCACUAACUAAUGCUAGGACAAAAAUUGUAUUUCAGUGCUUUGCCUAGUAUUACAUCACACAAUAUUAUUAUAUGGUCCUACAGGCAGAAUUAUAGGGGAGUGGGAUACAUUAAUUUCUUCCCUUGCCAAUAUUUAAUUAUGAAAACAGUUUGUGUAGGUGGCAGUUUCAAAUGAAUCAGAAGAUAAAAUUCACAAAGUAUUCUGUUGGCUGGCAGUCACUUUCAGAAAAACGGGAUUGUAACCCAUAAUUUAAAGCAACACUAUUGUUCUGAGCAGGAUAGUGAUUUCAGGUUAUGUAAAUUAUUAUGUUAAAUAUCUAGAGAUGCCACCUUGUUUAGCCCAGUGUAGAGAAUAUGGUUUCUUUUCUGUCUGUGAAGUUUUAUAAAUUAUGUGAGCAAUAAUUUCUGAAGUGGUUUGCUUUUUUAAAAAAGCAUGUCCUAUUAUAAAGAUGUGUAUGACUUUCAUGUCUUAACAGUUAACUCCUUGAAACCCAAACUAAAUUGUGAAAUUAGUACUUAAAAUGGCUACCACUCAGAAAAUAGAUCAUUUCUGUAUUAGAUUUAUUACUCCUGUGUUUGAUUUUAUAAUUUAUCAUAAAUUGUAUCAUAACAAUAACAUGAUUUAUUAAAUACAUAAAAAAGAUAUUGAAGGUUUCAAAUCUCAAUCCUUGUUUCUCCUAUUUCUUUAACCAUGGUGCUUAUUAUUUGAUAUCUGAGUAAAAAGUAUGCUUUCACUACUGGACUUAGUAGAUGGAAUUAAAGUAAAGAUUUUUCAUUUCUGAUCAUUUUCUCCUUGCUAAUAAUGUAACAUAAUCAGAGUUAAUUAAACUAUAUCCACUUGUUGGAUAUUAAGUUCCUAGAAAAAGAGGGG